CGUUGCUCGAUCGCAUCCAGACGCGUUUGCGCCUUUGUCCGGGUUUCGCUCCAGAUGCUCGGCUCUCUGUCUCCGGGUUCACAUUUCAAACCUACGCCUCGUGCAUUUGAAACACUGAGCGGAUCCGGCCGAUAAUUGAAGCGAUGUGUGUUUUCUGACCUGCUGAGCGAUCAUGGCUGAUGAUAACAGCGAAAUAUGAAGGAAAAUUACUGAGCCGCUUCACUGGGACUCCAGCGAACAAAGCCCGUCUGGCACUGAUACACUGAUGCAAACCAGCGCGUCUGCUGUAGUCUGAAAUACCGGAUCAGACCGCUGAGGAUUAUGAAAACCAGGACAUGAAGCUCAAACACAUCUAGAAAAAAAAGAAACGAGUGUGUGUGUCUGGAGUCAGUCGUCGAGGGUCAUGGCUGUCUGGGGCAGGGGUCCUCUCCGCUCCUCGCUGCUGCUGCUCGUCUUCAUCUUCCUGCAGAACUCCUGCGACUCAUUGUUGGCGCCGAGGUUCACUAAGAUUCCCACGGAUCAGAUCGGCGUGUCCGGCGGAGUCGUGUCGUUCGUGUGUCAGGCCGCAGGCGACCCCAAGCCUCAGGUGUUCUGGAACAAAAAGGGCAAGAAAGUGAAUUCACAGAGGAUCGAGACCGUAGAGUUUGAUGAAGGGGCGGGAGCAGUGCUGCGUAUCCAGCCACUCAGAGCGCCGCGGGACGAAAACGUUUACGAAUGUGUCGCCAGAAACACUGAAGGUGAAGUCGCUGUGACCUCCAAACUGUCCAUCAUCAGAGGUGAGAUAUACUAUCAUCAUAAUCCUUAUAAACUCACACCACUCAUAAUUUCCUCCAAAU